GGUCACGUGGACCUGGGUUCAGCGGGAGGAAGCCAGGCAGGGUGCAGAAAGCUGCUGAUUCUGGGGCUGGCCAGGAAAUCAAGUCCUACAGGAGAGCCUCCACCAUGGAGUCACCGAGACAGAGCUCCCAAACCCAGCCCGCUGCCCCACCUCUGCCGACAUCCUACCGCUGGCACACAGGAGGUGGAGGGGAGAAGGGGACUGGUGGGUUCCGCUGGGGCCGCUUCGUUGGUUGGGGAAGAGCACUGAGCCACCAGGAGCCCAUGAUUAGCAGCCAGCCAGCCCCCCGCUUGCUGUUCCGUCGGGUCCUCUCUGCACCCCCCAAGGAGUCACGGACCAGUCGCCUCAGGCUAUCCAGGACCCUCUGGGGAAGACAUAAGAACCCACCGCAGGAGCCAGAGCUGGAGCCAGAAGCCCCAGAUCCAGAGCCGGAGCCUCAUGUCCCACAGAUCCCGGAGGCCCCCACCCCUGAUGUGCCUGUCUGGGAUAUUGGGGGCUUCACCCUGCUUGAUGGAAGGCUGGUGCUGCUCGGGGGCGAGGAGGAAGGUCCUCGCCGGCCAAGGGUGGGAAGUGCCAGCUCAGAAGGCAGCAUGCAAGUGGCCAUGGGAAACCUCAGGGAUGCAGAUCGGACCCUUGGAAAGGCAGAGCCAGAGGCUGCUGGCUCCAACCAGGUCCACAAUGUUCGGGGGUUGCUCAAGAGGCUGAAAGAGAAGAAAAAGGCCAGGUCUGAGCUGGGAGCCAAUACCUCCAGGGAUGGUACUAUGGGCUCUAAAGAAUCACUGGCCACACUCUCUGAGCUGGACCUGGGUGCCGAACGGGAGGUGCGGGUCUGGCCACUGCACCCCAGCCUCCUGGGAGAGCCCUACUGUUUCCAGGUAACGUGGGUGGGCGGUAGCCGCUGCUUCUCCUGUCGCUCGGGCGCUGAGAGAGAUCGCUGGAUUGAAGAUCUUCGUCGCCACUUCCAGCCCAGUCAGGACAACGUGGAGCGGGAAGAGACGUGGCUGAGCGUGUGGGUGCACGAGGCGAAGGGGCUGCCCCGAGCGGCUGGGCCAUCGGGCGUGCGAGCCGAGUUGUGGCUAGAUGGCGCGCUGCUGGCGCGCACCGCACCGCGGGCUGGCCCAGGCCAGCUCUUCUGGGCCGAGCGCUUCCACUUCGAGGCGCUGCCACCGGCCCGUCGGCUGUCACUGAGGCUUCGCGGCGGAGGCUCAGCGGGAGCAGAUCUGGGCCGUGUGACGCUGAAUCUGGAGGAGCUGAGCGCUCCCCGCGCGCCCGCGGCGGGACUGGAGCGCUGGUUCCCGCUGCUGGGGCAGCCAGCGGGUGCGGCCCUGCGGGCGCGAAUCCGGGCCAGACGCCUACGGGUGCUGCCGUCGGAGCGCUACAAGGAGCUGGCGGAGUUUCUCACCUUCCACUACGCGCGCCUCUGCGGAGCGCUCGAGCCCGCGCUGCCUGCGCAGGCCAAGGAGGAGCUGGCAGCCGCCAUGGUGCGCGUGCUGCAGGCCACCGGCCGGGCGCAGGCGUUGGUAACAGACCUGGGCACUGCGGAGCUCGCACGCUGUGGAGGCCGUGAGGCACUGCUGUUCCGAGAAAACACAUUAGCCACCAAGGCCAUUGAUGAGUACAUGAAGCUAGUGGCCCAGGAUUACCUCCAGAAGACCCUAGGGGAGGUUGUUCAGCAUCUCUGUGCCUCCACUGAGGACUGUGAGGUGGACCCCAGCAAGUGCCCAGCAUCAGAGCUGCCCCAGCACCAGUCCAGACUUCGAAGCAGUUGUGAGGAGGUCUUUGAAACCAUCAUUCACUCCUAUGACUGGUUCCCGUCAGAGCUGGGCACUGUCUUCUCAAGCUGGAGAGAAGCAUGCAAAGCACGUGGCUCCGAGGCACUGGGCCCCCGACUAGUGUGUGCCUCCCUCUUCCUGAGGCUCCUAUGCCCUGCUCUCCUGGCACCCAGCCUCUUUGGCCUGGCACCAGAGCACCCAGCACCUGGUCCAGCUCGCACCCUCACAUUGAUCGCCAAAGUUAUCCAGAACCUCGCCAACCGUGCCCCGUUUGGUGAGAAGGAAGCCUACAUGGGCUUCAUGAAUACCUUCCUGGAAGAUCAUGGACCAGCUAUGCAACACUUCUUGGACCAGGUGGCCAUGGUGGAUGUGAAUGCUGCACCCAGUGGCUACCAAGGCAGUAGCGACCUGGCUCUCCAGUUGGCAGUCCUGCAUGCGCAGCUCUGUACGAUCUUUGCUGAGCUUGACCAGACAACCCGUGACAGCUUGGAACCACUGCCCACCAUCCUGAGGGCCAUCGAGGAGGGCCAGCCUGUCCCUGUAUCUGUGCCAAUGCGUCUUCCAUCACCCCAGGUCCAUUCCAGUUUCUCCGCAGGGGAGAAGCCCGGCUUCUUGGCCCCCCGGGACCUCCCCAAGCACACCCCUCUCAUCUCCAAGAGCCAGUCUCUGCGCAGCUUUCACGGUGCAGGGAGUUGGGCCCGGCCCCGACCCGAUGAGGAGCGCCCCCCGCGGCGCCCCCGGCAAGUGCAGCGCACCCAGAGCGUCCCCGCCGGGCGCCCUGCCCGCCGCCGUCCAUCUGCCGGGCCCCGGCCGCGACCCAAAGGCUCCCUGCACGCCGGCCCCGCGCCCCGCGGCCGACCCUGGACGGGGGCCUCUGCCUCGCUGCCUCGGAAGCCAUCGGUGCCCUGGCAGCGCCAGCUGGACCAGCCGCGGGACCGAGACCAGGCUCUGGGCUCGCACCGCCCAGUGGGCAAGGAACGUUAUAUGGCAGAACCGUGGGGAAGCAGAUCAGGAUCUCUGGGGAAAGGAAGAAACGAGAUGACGCUUCAGAUAACAGCUGCUGUCUCCCCACAGUUGGCAGAGCUACAGUGCGAAGUGGCGGCGCUUCGCGAGGAGCAGAAAGCAUUGUCCCGCCUCGUGGAAUCACUAAGUACCCACAUCCAAGCUUUGACCGAGCAGCAGGAGCAGCUGCGGUGUCAGCUGCAGGACCUAGACUCUAGGCUCAGUCCUAGGGCAUUGCAGUCGAAUCCAGAGGGUGGUCUUUCAAGUAGUGAGGGUCACAGGCUGAAAAAUAUGGAGCGCCGCCUGACUGACAUGGAGCAUACUCAGGCCCAGCUGAGGGAUGCUGUUCAGAACCUACAAUUUCGUCCAAAGAUACCAGAGUCACGGAGUCAGCCCCUGCCUCUCAAAGCACCUUGCAUCAAUGGAGAUACCACCUGAGCUGCCCAUUCUCUAUCCCAUGUGGUCUGGGAGCAGACAGCCGACUUAGGAGGGUAUCUGACCCUGCCUUUAGCCCUAUGUGACCUACAGUGGAGAGUGGCACUGUAGGUGCCAACCAACCACUCUGGCACUAUGAGGUUGCCCAGUAAAAUCUUAAUUUCAGUAAAAUCAGUGGUUUGUUUGUCCCUAAGGUUUGCUAAUCACGGAGUAACCCCUCACCCCCAUUCAGUUCUCCCAAAUUCUCUCCUAAUUUGAGGUCUCAUGGAAGGGAAAUGUAAGCACAUUCUCACCAGCUAUGUGACCUUAGGCCAUCACUCUAGAAGCCUUUAUUUCAUUGUCUAUAAAAUGGAUCUGAAGUUCUCCUACACCGUGGAAGACCCCUAAAAGUAUUCAAAAAAAGGUAUUCAUCAUUGGUAUAGGCAGUGCCUGUUUCUCAAGGAGGCAUGGAUCCUACAACCCAUUUAUCCCAUACCACCCUCCCUACCUAAUCCUCAGGCUCCAGAUAAGAGAAUUCUCCUAAACCCCAAAUCCCAAACCAGCUCCCUCAUGGCAUGGAGAGCGUAGUCUGGGAGGCAGAUGAAGGAAGGGUAAGGAAAUGUGAAGUUCUGUGGGUGAAUGGUGAGUAAAUUAGUAGGCCUUUAAAUCAUGGGUGAGGGGUAGGGUGGAACAUUAGGCAGGUGAAUAGGUUAGUAUUUGUUGGAUGUUUGACCUAUAGAUGACUAGUUAGGUAGGCAGGUAACCAGGAUGGAUAUGUCUACUUAGAAAAGACCUGGCUCAUAGUAGGAAAUAAAUAUUUGAAUUAAUUAAGUGAUUAUA